ACGGAUGCUCAACCAGCUUCCUUCAUCUCUCUUCUUUUACCCUAAAAAAAGGCACAUGUCGGCUUCUACAUAAAGCUCACCUCCUUCACUACUCUCCUGCCAUCCCUUACACUUUGUGCCAUUGUACACUUUCUCCUUCUCUUUCCCCCUCUAUAGUGCUCAUCUGGGUUUCUCAUUUUGUUCGUAAUGCUCCAUAAAGUUAAUUUCUUUCAAUCCUUCUGCUGAACACUAAUUUGAUGAGGAGGUUUCGUUCGAUUUUAUCAGCAUUUUAAGGUCCUUCAAUGGCAGACAACGUGGACCCUGCGACUUCAAACCUUCUGUGUUUGGAAAACAGUAAUACGUGCUUUGACAAUUCCGAAUGUAAUACCGGGGAUGAGUUUGGAAUUUCUUUUAACCAACAAAACGAUAGCGGACGCCAUCAUAGUCCACCUUGGGAUAGCCAUGGAUCCGGGUCCUUCGUGUGUUUUCCGAUACAGAGUGACGAAAGAGUCAGGCUAAUGGUUAAGAGGGAGAAAGAGCAUUUGCCCAGAAGUGAUUACCUGGAGAGGCUGCGUAGUGGAGACCUGGAGUUGAGUGUUAGGAGAGCGGCUCUUGAUUGGAUUUUGAAGGCACAUGCCUAUUAUGGUUUUAGUCCAUUGAGCUUUUGUCUAUCUAUGAACUACUUGGAUCGCUUCCUAUCAUUAUAUGAGUUGCCUAGAGAAAAAUCUUGGACCGUGCAAUUGCUAGCUGUGGCUUGUUUGUCAUUGGCAGCUAAAAUGGAGGAAAUUGAAGUACCUCUCUUAGUAGAUUUACAGGUUGGAGAACCAAAGUUUGUAUUUGAAGCAAAAACCAUUGAAAGAAUGGAGCUACUAGUGUUAAGCACAUUGAGAUGGAAAAUGCAGGCUUUAACUCCUUGUUCCUUCAUAGACUACUUCCUCAGUAAACUCACAACUGGGAAGCAUCCAAGUAAUUCAUCCAUUUCAAGAUCAAUACAGCUCGUAGUUGGCACAGUUAGGGGUAUUGACUUCUUGGAUUUCAUGCCAUCUGAAAUUGCUGCAGCAGUGGCCAUUUCUGUUACAAAGGAACUGCAAACAAUCGAGAUUGACAAGGUCAUCUCUGGGUUAAUGAUGGAGGAAAAGAGAGUCCUCAAGUGUCUUGAACUGAUAAGAGAUUUGUCCUUGAUGAGUGUUUCUGCAAGUUUGAGCAGAAACUUGAUGCCAUUGGUGCCCCAAAGCCCAGACGGGGUGCUGGAUGCUGCAUGCUUGAGCUACAAAAGUGAUGAAUUAACUGUUGGGUCAUAUCAAAACUCUUCACACGAUACUUGUAAUGCUAAGAGGACCAGAUCAGACAGACCUUCUUCUGAUGGGACUUUCAAGUCAUAAAAUGAAAGUUUCUUCAUUCACCAAAGUUGAAUUAUUAGUUUGGUUGAGUGGGAGUUUGGUGUGGCCUUGGAAUUAAAGGGUAUCCCCCUCUGACACACUAGUGGGAAACAAGAGUGUGUUUUGGGUGAGUAAGAGAAAUUUAGUAGGUAUCAUGCUUGCAGCAUGAACAAGAUAAGUUACUACCUAUUCAUAAUCAGAUUCAUAAACAGCUAAAAAUGGUUUGGAGGUGUGGAUGAUGAAGGCAAUUUUGAUGAAUCAAUGUGUUGUUGAAGGCCAGCAUGACAA